AUGACUCCUCCCAAAGUUUUCCUGACUGGUGCUACCGGGUACAUUGGUGGCGAUGGCUUGUACGCCAUUUCCAAUGCUCAUCCAGAUUGGCAGCUCUCUGCUUUGGUGCGUAGCCAGCAGAAGGCCACUCAGCUCGUGAGCAAGUACCCUCAGAUCCGCCUCGUCGUUGGGGACCUGGACUCCUCGGAGAUCAUCGAAGAGGAGGUCAAGAAUGCGGAUAUUGUCUAUCAUUUUGCCGACUGUGACCACGUCCCAGCAGCGGAGGCGAUCGCUAAAGGUGCUCAGCAUCAUACGGCCGAGCAUCCUGUAUGGAUCAUCCACACCUCGGGUACCGGUAUCCUCACUGUCGAGGACCAGCGUGCCAAGACGUUUGGUAUCGAGCGCCCCAAGGAGUACAACGACUGGGAGGGUGUCAGCGAACUGCUCAAUCUUCCCGAGGAUGCUUUCCACCGCAAUGUUGACGAGAUCAUUAUUAAUGCGGGUCAACGUGAUCCGUCAAGCGUGCACACAGCGAUUGUUUGCCCACCCACCAUUUAUGGCCCCGGUCGCGGCCCCAGCAAUACCAAAAGCAUCCAAGCCUAUCUGCUGGCUGCAGCCGUCCUAAAGCGCGGCAAGGGCUUCCUGGUUGGAAAGGGCGAAAAUGUUUGGCAUCAGGUUCACGUCCAAGACCUGAGCAAUGUCUAUCUAGCUCUAGGUGAGGCGGCAGCCGCCGGAGGAGGCAAGGCCACUUGGAACGACGAAGGCUACUAUCUAGCAGAGAAUGGCUCUUUCGUCUGGGGAGAUAUUCAGCGCAAAGUUGCAGAGGAGGCUUUGAAACAAAAGCUCAUUCAAUCCGCUGAAAUCGAAUCACUCGACGCAGCCCAGACUACGGAGGUCUUGUCGGUCGGUCUUUAUGCUUGGGGCUCCAAUUCCCGUGGCCAUGCCAUCCGUGCUCGCAAAUUGUUUGGCUGGAACCCUCAGCAGCCGAAGCUGAUUGAGUUGAUUCCCGAAAUUGUUGCACUUGAGGCAAGCCAACGUUAA